AUGAAGAUGUACGGCUACGGCGGGCCCUUUUUGUCGCUAAAAAGAUUGUCUGAUGCCGUCGACUUGGCGGUGAGCAACAUGAGCGACGUCCACAAGGCCGACCCGCACGGAUGCGACGACGGCGCCCUGACGGACCGCUUUGGCGUCCUCAUCCAAGGGCUGCUGGCCAUCGUCGCCUUCAGCACGCUCAUGUUGAAACGGUUCCGCGAGCCCGCAGGGAUCCGCCGACCCUGGAGGAUCUGGUUUUACGACACAUCCAAGCAGGCUAUCGGUGCUCUGUUUAUCCACUUUGCCAACGUCCUUCUGUCCACGCUCACCAAAGAGGACCCUUGCUCGCUUUACCUGAUGAACUUCCUCCUGGACGCCACGGUGGGCAUGCUGGUUAUCUGGCUGGCCGUCAAAGCGACCUCCAAAGUGGUGGAGCGCAAGCAGUGGACAUUGCUCACGUUUGGGGAGUACGGCGAUCCCCCGCUAGCGGCGGCAUGGCUCGGUCAGUGUGGCAUGUACCUGCUCAUCAUGGUUCUGGAGAAAGGCGCCAUCAGUCUGGUGCUGCUCGUGCCGGGAUGGUCCAAACUACAAGAAGUUCUGCUCAGCUACAUCGCUAACCCGCAACUGGAGCUGGUUUUGGUCAUGCUCAUCGUUCCUUUCAUCGUCAACUCCAUCAUGUUCUGGGUGGUGGACAGUCUGACCAUGAGGAAGCUGAAGAGCACCAAGAGCCUGGACGACUCGUGCGAGGUCUCGCCCGAGAAGGCCGACACGUCGCCUUGGGCCGGCGAUGACGAGUCGCGGGUUCUGCUCACGGUGGAGACGGACACGGAAGAGGACGAGGAGCCGCCGGAAGACGCCGCUUUGCCACCCGCGCGGUACUCGGGGGCUCCGGUCAGGCCGGGCUGGGUGGCGGUGUGA